CGGAAUUUGAAGUUACAAAAACAACCAUACAGCAGCAGCAGCCCAUUGUCCUCGGUCUGUAUGGCAUCUCCUGUUCCGGCAAGACGCACAUUCUCAAAAACCUGCGGGUGAAAUACGGUUCUUCGCAGUUCUUGCUGUUUGAUGGAUCCAGCAAAAUUUGCAGCGUUCUUGUGAAAUAUGACAAGUUCUACAACCAGGAUAGUAGAGGCACUCUCCGGAGAUACAAGUUGGACCAAGAUGAAGACAGAAGCACGAUGGCAGGGGAAAGCAACGAAGAACUCUUACAAAACAAGGAUAGAAAUGGGAAUGACGUACAAGAACCAGCUACCUCCAAGAGGAGCAGCGAAGAACUUCUUCAAUACUUCAAGACUUUACCUGCCUCGACCAAAAUUUGGAUUCGGGAGAUGGCCAUGCGUGAGAUCGCGGAUGAAGCAAAACGUAAAGGUGCUAUUGCAGUGGUUGCGGGACAUUGCGCUUUUCCUAGACAGGCAUCUAGUUGUACCAAACUAACUGCUACUACAACUACUUCCAGAGAUCUUGCACGAACAACAACAACUUCAUAUAGUACGACAGACAAACAAGAUGAAACUUUUGAAACAGUU